AUGAGUCGGCCAUCAGUAAAGAUCUGCGCGGAUUGUCUCCCCAGCGCGUUGCGUCCGUCAAGAGGAGUUCGGAAUGCUGCAAACCUGCGGGGUGUUCCUCGUGAACGCACCUAUGCCACCCAACGAACAGGGCUGUUCCCAGCUGUCGUAUAUCGUUCGAGAUCAGCUCUGCCUGCUGCGCGCACCACGGGUACCCAGCUGCCAUUGCGCGUGAGGGGGCGAAGUCUGGCCACGGCAACCCAGACCCCCCCUCCUGCCGAGGGCAAGAAAGCCAACGCUCCGCCGCAGGAGGGUCCGUUGAAGGAAUAUGAUACACGAGUGCAGGAGGGCCGGCUACGCGAUGACCAUUACCAGAGAGGAAUUAUCCAAAACCUCCAAGACCUCUUCGAAGCCCUCAAAUCCUACAACGCUCCGGAAGUGAUCCACCCCAGUGUCGAGUCUCUGGACAUGCAAUCCAAGCAGUCAUUCUUUGGCUCGCUGUUCAGUCGCCGGGGGAACACCAAGGCUGCGAAAUCAGCUGUUCCUGAGAACCUGCCCAAGGGCUUGUACAUGUAUGGCGAUGUGGGCUGUGGCAAGACCAUGUUGAUGGACUUGUUCUUUGAUACCCUGCCCCCGAAUAUCAAGUGUAAGACCCGCGUCCACUUCCACAACUUCAUGCAGGAUGUACAUAAGCGCAUGCACGUGGUGAAAACGAAGUAUGGCAACGAUUUCGACGCUUUGCCCAUGGUCGCCGCUGAUAUCGCGGAGACCGCGAGCGUGCUCUGCUUCGACGAGUUCCAGUGCACGGAUGUUGCCGACGCCAUGAUCCUGCGGAGACUCCUCGAAUCCCUCAUGUCGCACGGCGUCGUCCUCGUCACAACCUCCAACCGCCACCCUGACGACCUGUACAAAAACGGCAUUCAACGCGAGUCCUUCAUCCCCUGCAUCAACCUCCUCAAAUCCGACCUAAACGUUAUCAACCUCAACUCUCCAACGGACUACCGAAAGAUCCCCCGUCCCCCAGCCGCCGUCUACCACCACCCUCUGGGUGAAGACGCCGAGCACCACGCGCAGAAAUGGUUCGAUUUCCUAGGUGACCCUGUCAAUGACCCUCCCCACCCAGCCACGCAGGUGGUAUGGGGCCGCAAGAUCAAGGUGCCUCGGGCCAGCGGCAAGGCUGCACAGUUCACUUUCAAUCAGCUCAUCGGCACGGCCACAGGCGCAGCUGAUUAUCUGGAGCUGGUGCGGCACUACGAUGCUUUCAUUGUCACAGACGUGCCGGGCAUGAACCUGAACCAGCGUGACUUGGCCCGUCGAUUCAUCACGUUUAUCGACGCGGUUUACGAAAGCAGGGCCAAACUCGUCCUCACAACCGAAGUUCCCCUGACGAACCUCUUCCUCUCCGAGGCAGACGUCAGGGAUGGACUGAAGGACGACCACUCCGAUCUCUCCGAUGCAAUGCGCCACCUGAUGGAUGAUCUCGGCAUGUCAGUGCAAGCGCUGAAGAAUACUUCUAUUUUCAGCGGUGAUGAGGAGCGCUUUGCAUUUGCGCGCGCGCUCUCGCGUCUUGCCGAGAUGGGAAGUCGUGAGUGGGUUGAAAGGGGCCUCGGUGUGGGGAAGAGUCCGCAGGAGAGUAAAGAGGAACGCGAUGCUUGGUUGAAGACUAGGAGUCAUUGGAGUGAGGAUAAUAUGUGA